AUGGAGGGCGAGGCGCCCGCUGAAGGCGAGCCAGGCCUACUCGACCCUCUGAAGCGGAGAGCUAUAACCCGAAAGCUGCAAUUCUUGAUUUACAAGCAUCGCCCCACAAAUCCGGAAAGAAAAAUAAGCAUCACAAAGAUACAGUGGUAUUUAAUUUUAUGGUGUGUACCUGCAGUAUACAUGUAUGUAGAUCGGAAGGAUGACAACCUUAUCAAGGAUGCACCCUUGAAAGGCCGGCCGACAGUGAUUGUACAACAAGCGCAGCCGAUGGUGACUUGUGCGCUGAUUGGUAUUCAGAUAAAUAUGUUCACGAACCAAGGGGUGUCGUUCGAGGCUGGAGGCUGA